UUUCCUAUAUAUAAUACAUUUCUGCAGAUCCAAACAUGUCACGCUACUUGAAAAGCAGAGUUGAUACGGGAUUGGAGCAGGAACCGGCAAUAUGCCAUCGGCAUCCGCUACUUCGCCCAUCAAAACCGUGGUGGUUUUGGUCCAGGAGAACCGCUCCUUCGACCAUAUGCUGGGAUGGAUGAAGUCUAUCAAUCCGGAGAUCGAUGGGGUCACCGGCAAAGAAUGGAACCCACUAUCGACUUCCGACCCCAAUUCCGGCCGUGUGUAUUUCGGCAACAAUUCGGAGUACGUGAACCCUGAUCCCGGACACUCGUUCCAGGCCGUCAGAGAGCAAAUAUUUGGGGUAAAUGCAGAAAUUCCUAGUGACUUUUCCGGUGAUCCACCCAUGAAUGGGUUUGCACAACAAGCUGAGUCCGAACAGAAGAACAUGUCACAGACUGUGAUGAAUGGCUUCAAGCCAGAGGCAGUGCCAAUUUACAAGUCACUAGUGUCGGAAUUUGCGGUUUUUGAUCGGUGGUUUGCUUCGGUUCCGGCAUCGACCCAGCCGAACAGGCUUUAUGUGCACUCUGCUACAUCACAUGGGGCCAUGAGUAACGACUCGAAGAAGCUCUUACAGGGUUUCCCUCAAAAGACCAUUUUCGAGUCCUUGGAUGAGGCCGGUUACACAUUCAGGAUAUAUUAUCAGUAUCCCCCUUCCACUUUCUUCUAUAAGAAUUUGAGAAAGCUCAAGUACGUCGGCAAUUUCCGGCCAUUCGAUUUGGAGUUCAAGAGAGAUUGUGAGCAGGGGAAACUCGCGAACUAUGUGGUUAUAGAGCAGCGUUGGUUUGAUCUGAAGAUCUUACAUGGCAACGAUGAUCAUCCUUCUCAUGAUGUGUCCGAGGGCCAAAGGUUUGUGAAGGAGGUGUACGAGGCACUGAGGAAGAGCCCUCAAUGGAACGAGAUGGUAUUCAUUAUCACAUACGAUGAGCAUGGGGGCUUCUAUGAUCACGUACCCACCCCCAUAAGAGGGGUUCCGAACCCUGAUGGUUUAAUUGGGGGGGAACCCUACAAUUUCAAAUUCGACAGGCUUGGUGUUCGUGUACCCGCCAUUGUCAUCUCCCCAUGGAUUGAAAAGGGCACAGUUGUGCAUAGGCCUUCAGGGCCAUACCCUACUUCAGAAUAUGAACAUUCUUCCAUCCCUGCAACUGUGAAGAAGAUAUUCAAUCUCAAGGAUUUCCUCACUAAGAGAGAUGCUUGGGCCGGAACCUUCGAACAUAUUCUCCACACCCGAACCACUCCAAGAACUGAUUGCCCUGUUACCCUUCAUGAGCCACAAAAAACACAGAAGUCUAAACCAAAUGAACAUGCAAAACUGAGUGAGUUUCAAGGGGAUCUGGUUCAAUUGGCAGCCCAACUAAAUGGAGACCAUCAUAAAGACGCAUACCCUGAUGAAAUGGUGGAGAAUAUGACAGUGAAGGAGGCUGCGAAAUACGUGCAAGAUGCAUUAGCAACGUUCUUGGGAGCUUGCGAAGAAGCCCGGAAAAAUGGAAUGGAUGAAUCAGAGAUCGUUCUCUUAUCCUUACUCAAAGAACCAACUUCCAAGUCCUUCUUUCACAAGUGGUUUUCUUGUCUUGCUUGCAACACCUCUCAGCAGAGUUGAUUCAAAAUAAUUGAAUUCUAUUAUUGUUAACUAAAGAGCCUGGACUUAAUUGGUUAGUGCUUGACGAUUGGCAAUGCUAUGUUCUA